AUGCUGAGCCAACAGGUCGCAGUCUUGCUCUUAGUGGCGAAGCUAGUGUGUGGCGGUGUCGUGGGUGGGGAGUGGCGGCAGGGGACAGGGCUGGCGUGUGAUGAAACUCUGAACCUUGACUUCUCUGGCCCCGAGCCGCAAGUGGACUGUUCCUCACCAUGCAGGAGUACCGCCAGGACGGCACGAUCACCUGCUCCCUCGUCAGGGACAUGCCAGAAACGCAAGACCUUCAGUCAGCCCUACAGUCUGAAGCUUGCGCCAGCACCCCUGUCACAGGUGAAUCCACACCCACCCCUGUCACAGGUGAAUCCACACCCACCCCUGUCACAGGUGAAUCCACAGCCAUCCCUGUCACAGGUGAAUCCACACCCACCCCUGUCACUGGUGAAUCCACACCCACCCCUGUCACAGGUGAAUCCACAGCCACCCCUGUCACAGGUGAAUCCACACCCACCCCUGUCACUGGUGAAUCCACAGCCACCCCUGUCACAGGUGAAUCCACACCCAUCCCUGUCACUGGUGAAUCCACAGCCACCCCUGUCACUGGUGAAUCCACACCCAUCCCUGUCACUGGUGAAUCCACACCCACCCCUGUCACUGGUGAAUCCACAGCCACCCCUGUCACUGGUGAAUCCACACCCAUCCCUGUCACUGGUGAAUCCACACCCAUCCCUGUCACUGGUGAAUCCACAGCCACCCCUGUCACUGGUGAAUCCACACCCAUCCCUGUCACUGGUGAAUCCACACCCAUCUCUGUCACUGGUGAAUCCACACCCACCCCUGUCACUGGUGAAUCCACACCCAUCCCUGUCACUGGUGGCUCAACACCCACCCCUGUCACAGGUGGCUCAACACCCACCCCUGUCACAGGUGGCUCAACACCCACCCCUGUCACAGGUGGCUCAACGCCCACCCCUGUCACAGGUGGCUCAACACCCACCCCUGUCACAGGUGACUCAACACUCACCACUGUCCCCGUCAGUUCUUCUGAGGUGACUGAACUAAGUUCGACUGUCACAUCAGAGGCUACAACAUUGAUUGAAUGCGUGAAGGGAGGCGAAGUGGACUCCACAAAACCCCAAACAAUCACAGAUGAGCCGACUACAACCACCACUGAGUCUCCGUGGGUCUGCG